AGUUGUUUAGUAGAUUUAGGGAACAGUCUGGCCGGUUCUCUGAGAAUCUUCGUGAGGAUGUGAGAGGGUUGCAGAGCCUCUACGAAGCAUCACAACUAGCCUAUGAAGGAGAAACUGCGUUGGAAGAAGCUACGGCCUUCUCUUCAGAGCAUCUUAGGGCAAGGAUAAGCCGCAUGGAGCAGAGGAUGUCUCGACAGGUACAGCAUGCUCUGCAGGUUCUUCUCCACAGAAGGGUUCGCAGGGUCAAGGCCCGAGAGGAUAUUGAGACAUUCGAGAGGACGGACCGCAGAAGCCAAGUGCUGCAUGAGUGGUGGAGGGACUUGGGCUUGGGCGAGCACAUUAGCUUCGCCAGAGAUUGGUGGAGAGCUACUUCAUGGCAGUGGGGCAGAUGCAUGAGCCACAGUUCUCACAGUACAGGAUGCAACUCGCCAGGGUGGGAUCUUCAAGCGGCAGAGCAGCUGCCACAGUCACUGAGGGUCUUCUAUGCGGCUGUCUACAACACGACCAACCAGAUCAGCUACACUGUUCUUAGGAGGCAUGGCCGUGAAAUCACUUCACACAUGAGGAGAGCGUGGGUGGGUGUGUGCAGAGCUUACUUGGUUGAAGCAUGGUGGCACCGUGCCCAUCAGACACCAAGGCUAGAGCAAUAUUUGAGCAACAACCGGGCAGCCAUGACCGGCCCUAUUCCCCUUCCUGCCUACUUCUUCCUCUCCCAAAACAUUGAGGAACAAACAAUCCAGCAGCUGCAGUCCGAGUCCAACAUCGUCAACUUGUCAUCGAUGGUAGUUCGUCUCUCGGCUGACCUCCAGAGAUCCAGGGAUAGUUUAGUGUAUUUUCUGCUGGUUAACUAG